AUGUUGGGCCGUGCGGAGUUGGCGUUCUGUGUGGCGUUGUGUUGCCUUCCUCUGGUUUCCUAUUCCUGCCCUUCCCAGUGCAGCUGCUUCUAUCACAAGCUGAGUGAUGGCUCCAAAGCUAGGAGCGUCCUCUGCAAUGACCCAGAGAUCACUUUCAUCCCGACCAACUUUCCCCUGGACACGUCCAAGCUGCGCAUCGAGAAGACGGCCAUCACGCGCAUCUCCAGCCAGAACUUCCACUACCUCAGCAACCUGGAGUUCCUGUGGAUGUCCUUCAACGCGCUCUCCUCCCUAAACGCGGACAGCUUCCGCGGCCUCUCCAGCCUGGACGAGCUGCGGCUGGACGGGAACGCGCUCACCUCCUUCCCCUGGGAGUCCCUGACGGACAUGCCCAACCUGCGUCUCCUGGACCUCCACAACAACCAGAUCGCGGCCAUCCCCAGCGAGGCCACCCUCUACAUCAAGAACCUCACCUACCUCGACCUGUCCAGCAAUAGCCUGACCACUGUGCCCAUUGACGUGCUCAACACAUGGCUCAACGUGAAACCCUCCGUUGACACGGACAGCUCCAAGAUGAUUUUGGGUCUCCAUGACAACCCUUGGGUCUGUGACUGCCGCCUCUUUGACCUGGUGCAGUUCCAGAAGAGCCCGUCGUCGGCGGUGGCGUUCAUCGACACCCGCCUGCGCUGCGCCGAGCCCGAGAGCCUGUCGGGCGUGCUGUUCGGCGACGCCGAGCUGCGGCGCUGCCAGGCCCCGCGGGUGCACACGGCCGUGGCGCGCGUCCGCAGCUCGGUGGGCAACAACGUGCUCCUGCGCUGCGGCACCAUCGGCGUGCCCAUCCCCGAGCUCUCGUGGAGCCGCGCCGACGGCAAGCCAAUGAACGGCACAGUUCAGCAGGAGGUGUCGAAGGAGGGCAUCAUCUGGUCCAUCCUAAGUGUGCCGGCCGUGUCGUACCGCGACUCGGGGAAGUACGUCUGCACGGCCACUAACUUUGUGGACACGGCGGACGCCAUCAUCUCCCUGGUCAUCUCGGACACGUUCCGCUCCGAGGAGGUCAUGUCCUCGGGCCCGCGCAAAAACCGGGGCAAGAAGGGCGGCGGCGGCGGCGGGAUGGGCCGUGCCGCCUACCAGGAGAAGCUGAUCGCCCGCUACAUGCCCCCGUCCACCACGUCGGGCUCGGUGCCCAUCAUCGAGCCGCUGGGCACGGGCCGCGGCUCGCUGAAGAUCGAGAGCUACAGCGUCUCGGACGGCGCGUCGGACGGCCAGCCCACGGGCGGCUCCACGGUCAUGGACGGCUCGUCCAUGGAGAUCGCCAAGGAGGUGCUGUCCAACCUGGCGGCCAACGCCUCGUCCCUGCAGCAGGGCCCCGAGCGGCGGAUCGUGCGCUCGGUCAAGGUCAUCGGCGACACCGACCACACGGUGUCGCUCAACUGGCGCGCGCCCAUGGCCACCAACACCACGUCCUUCAGCGUGCUCUACGCCGUCUUCGGCGAGCGCGACAUGCGCCGCAUCAACGUGGACCCCGGCAAGAACCGCAUCACCAUCGAGGGCCUGGUGCCCAAGACCAAGUACAUCGCGUGCGUCUGCGUCAAGGGCCUCAUCCCCAAGAAGGAGCAGUGCGUCAUCUUCUCCACGGACGAGGCGGCCAGCGCCAGCGGCACGCAGAAGCUCAUCAACGUGGUGGUCAUCACCGUGGCCUGCGUCAUCGCCGUGCCGCUCACGCUCAUCGUCUGCUGCGGCGCGCUCAAGCGUCGGCUGCAGAAGCUGCUCGGACGCAAGUCCAAGGACAUCCAGGACUCGUACGUCACCUUCGAGACGCUCGCGCCGGGCGCCAAGGCCAAAGGGAUGGAAGGGGAGUACCUGACGCGACUCAACCCCGACGAGUCCAACAGGCUCCUCUCGGCGCGGUCCAGCGUGGACUCGGAGGCCACCGCCAGGACUGAAGGCCCGCCCAACGAGUACUUCUGCUAAUCGAGAGUGGACCGUCCUAAAGGCCAGAGGCCAAUCACACUGAGCCACGCACACUCACUUUCACAAACACUGAAACUGGCUCAACAACACAUGUUGUGUUGUAUGACAAGAGUGAGGCCAGCUUUAACUGACCAGUGAAGCCUCAUUGGCCGUUUGGUUCUCUGGAGGACAGAUGACCCAUUGCUGUGAAGGUGUUAAGCGGCAUUAACACCAAGAAUGAUAACAAAAAUUAUAACUAUAACCAUAACGAUAAAAGCGUCCACACUGACCAACGAUAACGAAUGUUAAUGAAUGUGAUGGCUAAAAUGUGAUGGGUUCUGAUUGACUGUUAGCUUUUUAUUGUUCUCAAAAUCAGUCUGAAAGUGAUCCCCAACAAUAACGAUCUUUAUGUCGUUAUCGUUAUACUUUAUGUGUGA